AUGUUAACAACUCAAAUUGAAACCCAUAAUUAUAUUUGCUUAACAGCAGAUAUUUGGAGCUCAAACAACAAGAGUUAUAUGGGGAUGACAUGUCAUUUCAUUGAAGAUACAUAUGAUAGAAAGUCAUAUGUUCUUGGCUGUCAACGAGUUAAAGGAGCUCAUAAUUAUUUAAAUAUUAUGGAAGUAUUAACAGAAAUGAUGGAUAAAUUCAAAAUAGAUGUAUCCAAAGUUACACACAUUGUAACAGAUAACGCUAGUAACUUUGGAAAAUCGUUCAAAGUAUUCUCUUCAUCGUCAUUACCUGAAAUACAGCAAACAAGUUUGCAAUGCACAGGCAAUUUUCAUGAAGAAGAUGAUUUAAGUAGCUGUAGCUCAGACAAUGCAAUGGACAGUGAAGAUUCAGACAUAGAAAUAGUCGAAAUGGAUUCAAUGUUUUCAAAUACAAAAAAUAUUGAGAAAGACAAUGACAAAAUGUGUUUACCACAAUAUAUGAGAUGUUGCGCUCAUACGCUAAGCUUAAUUGCAACAUGUGAUGUUUCAAAAAUUACAGAUGCCAACUACGUUAAAGUUUCAAAAUCUACAUUUAAUAAAUUGUUGUAUUGUAAUUUGUAA